AUGAAUAAGUUGAGUCAUUGUUGCCUUUCCACGGUUGUGGAGCUGGUUGUGGUGACAGCCCGGUUGACUCAGGACUCAUACAAAGCGUAUUCAUUGAUUGGACAUAAGGAUUUGGAAGUUGUGGUGGAGCUGCUCCUUAUCCCUGCUAAGUUAAGGUCAGAUCUUUUGUCUGAUGUAUAUACUUUGUUGAUUGUAGAUGUGAAAGACAUAAAAUGCGUAAUAAAUUAUGAUUUUCCAUCAAGUUUGGAGGAUUAUGUGCAUAGGAUUGGCAGAACUGGUCGUGCAGGGGCCAAGGGAACUGCUUUCACGUUCUUCACACAUGCCAAUGCUAAGUUUGCAAGAGAUCUUGUAAAGAUCCUGCAAGAAGCUGGGCAAAUCAUUCCUCCUCCAUUGUCUGUCAUGGCCCGUUCUUCUGGUUCAAAUCUAGGAGGUUCUGGUGGAAACUUCCGCAACAGAGGACGUGCUGGGGGCAGUGGCUUUGGCAACAGGUCUUUGAUUUCAGGAUCUAAUUCUAUCCCUCUUGGUUCCAAGAGGCCUUGGUAG